GAUUGCACGCUCUAAAAGAUUUAUAGAUAAAUGCAGUUCCCGGUGAAAAUAGAUAAAUGCCACUGCUCAUGUGUUUUCUACACAUUUCAAUAGACGCAACCGCAUUGACCGCACACGAGCGCCGACGGGACAUCCGCGGUCUUUAUCACGAUGUUACCCCGCGGGAUAGUCCUGUGCUUCUGUGUCAUCCUGGCCACGUCCUCAGCCGACACCUUCGGAGGCUUCGGGGCAAAGCUCCUCGCAAGUGUGUACGACAAAUGCGACAGAUCAUCAGAACUCCUCAAGUGUUUCAAGAUCCAAGCGGUCAAAUUAGUGGAUCGCGCCGCCAGAAUGGAGAAACUGCCGAUCUUCCACGGUCUCUCCUUAGUACGGAAUGCUGAACAAGAACCAUUCCCCUCUUCUGUAGUAGAAGGCGAUUUGAAUUCCUUGACUUCAGACGAAGUGGACCAACUCUUCGAUCAGGCGUCUUCGAAACUGCUGCAAACGCAUCGAGUCGUGCUGUCCCCGAAGAACAUUGGAGUUGAUCUCGGUAGGUCAUUUAACGAGGCGAGAGGCAAACUGAAGAAAAUGAUCGGUCCAAUUAUGGCUGGUGUGGCGAUCAAAGGGACUUUCGUGGCUAUGGCGUUCCAGGCAAUCGCUCUGAUCGCUGGCAAAGCGUUGUUAAUCGGUAAGAUCGCUCUUCUUUUGUCUGCUAUUAUUGGAUUGAAGAAACUUGUAGCCGGGGGAGAAGCCCACGAGAAAACGACGUACGAGAUCGUCAAGCAUCCUCAGGUAUCACAGAGUCAUACAUACUCGUCCUCCCAUUAUGGGAACGACUUUGACACAACUGGUCCAGGAGGUCACUACAGACGAAGCGUUGAAGAGGAGGCUGCAGCCCAAGACAGGGCUUACAGAGCGUACGCCAAAGCCCAGUGAAGAAAUAAAUCCGUUAGAAGAUCGCUUACGACUCCCUUUACAAAAUAAAACAACGACACGGCAUUUCCACUCGUUAUUAUUACCUCCGAAGCCUUUUUUGGCUACUUUGCACUCGCAAGUUGGAGACAGUGUUUAUUUAAGCUACGUAAUUUAAUUCAUACGACACUUAAUUUAUUUUAGACGAGAGUUAAUUAAUACAUUAUAACGUUUUGCUAUACGUAUGCAUAUCCAACAUAUUUAAUCGCAUGAACAAGUAAAUAACCAGUGUAUCUAGUUAUAUGUAAAUAGUUUAAGGUUUUUUAUGUAAUGUUACGUCCGUUGAAUGAUUUGAAUGUAAUCAGUUGCACCAAAUAUCGUUAAUAAUGAAAUAUUACGUUUGUGUUAGAUUAGUUAGUUGUGUAAUAUUUAUUUAGGUUAUUCUUUAUUUUGAUAAUGAUUAGGCUAGUCGACGGGUACUGUGCAUUUUCCAUUCCUAUAAUUCCAAAUGUCCAAUUUUGUAAAAAUAGGUUAAGGUAAUAGUUAUAUGUUAUUAAUAAUUUGUUAGUUAUUUAAUUAUUUACGAGUGAGUAAGUACUUUGAGGUGCUGUUUAGUAGAUCAUAAGUCCAAUUUUUAAUUUAUUUAUUUAUAUACCGGGUCCUAUUACAUUUAUUUAUUAUAGUAUUUAUAUAUAAAAUAUAUAAAAUUGUCGAUUAAAGACAAGGUGGUUACGCGAGUACCUUUUAUAUAAUUAUAUUUUUGUUUACGUAUAAUUUAUAAUUAUUUAACAAAAUAAUGUAUUGAUAUGUUGAUGAUAUUAUUAUGAUGUAUUUAGUGUUACUAUUAUUACA